UGCGGAGCAGUAUCAUCUAUCACGAGGACCUAAACUUGCCACCUAUUUGAAAAUACCUAGGUACCGUUGAAGGGACUGUACGAGCGGAAUCAACAUGACAACGAAAUACGUUGAUAGACAGAUACCCAAGAUCUCGCUGCGAGACUUUGAAAACAGAUUGGAAGAGAUCACUUCAGAGCUGUGUGAUGCUGCGGAGAAUGUCGGCUUCUUCUCUAUUGUGGACCACGGCAUCACUCAGGCCGAGGUUGACAACGCCUUUGCCACUUCUCAGGCCUUCUUCUCCUUACCAGAUGAUGUCAAGGCCUCGGUGGCGUGGAACCCUAACAAUGUUGGCUGGGAGAAGAACUCUCAGAUAAGGCCAUCUACGGGUGCAGCAGACAACAAAGAGUCAUACCAACUUCAGUUCGGCGAAAACAUGCUCACUGGUGGGAAAGGCGACAACGGCUAUAACAGCAUGUGGUUGAGCGACACUCACCUAGCCGGUUUCAGAGAUAACUGUCUCCAGUUUAUGCAUCACAUCCACAAAGUAUCCGAAAAACUCAUGGUAUGCCUUGCAAGGGGCCUAGGCUUCCCCGACAACUAUUUCCUUGAGUCUCACGACCCUUCCGACCCCAAGUGCCAGAACGUUCUCCGCUUGCUGCACUACUUUCCCACACCAGAGUCCAACGAUGGGAAAGUCUGGCAUAGGGCGGGCGCACAUGCCGACUGGGGCCUCGUCACGCUUCUUUUCCAGCGCGAGGGCCAGACCGGCCUCGAGAUCUGCCCCGGGCGCGAAGCGGUCACCGAGUUCGCGCAGGGCGACACCUGGACCAAGGUUAACUUUGAACCGGGGGCCAUAAUCUGCAAUAUUGGAGAUAUGCUGAUGCGCUGGUCUGACGACCGCUUCAAGUCGACGUUGCACCGCGUCAAAGCGCCCUCUGAACCGGGCGACUUCUACGGAGAGCGGUACUCCAUCGCGUUUUUCAGCCAGCCGAGCAAGGACACGAUCAUCCAGGGGCCGAAGAAAAAGUACCCGGAGAUAACAGGGCGGCAAUUCAUUGCAAAUGCUAUGGAAACACAUUUUGCGGCUUUGAAGAAGCAGGUGGAACAUCGAGACGGACAGACGGACAAGAUGCCAUCGUCCGAGGGAGCACCGGUUGUGGAGGCUACUGCUUGAGAUGAUAAGGACAAUGCAUUUUGCAUAAUGACGUACUCUCGUUUUAGUUCUGCGAUGAAUUGAUUCAAAAUUUACAGAA